GACUAGUUGAUCUAGGUAUCUUUGUCAUCCACUCAACAUUUUCCAAACCGCUGCAAUCUCUUUAGCAGCACCGUUUAUAUUAUGCUUUUUUUAUUUGUUCACUGGAUUAAAUGUUCUUCUUAUUCCUUACUGUAAUAUCUUCAUCCUUCACCUAUCCCUCUGCUACUCAAACACGUCAAUUAAGUCCUAUUUAUCUAUCUGUCAUUGUUGUGUAUUCGUGUGGGGAAGGGGUGUUUGUUUGCGGUAUUUAUGUGUUUGGGGUGAAGGGCAUAUGAGGGCGAUGAGUAUGUGUGUGUAGGUGGGAUGUGGGUUUGAUAAAUUGAGAGCAGGGAAGAGAAAAACAAAAAUAGUGAGAAAGAAAAACAAGAAAUAUUAAAGAAAGAAAGAAGUGCGGGACAUUGACAAGAGAGUAAGAGAGAGAUUGAGUGAGAGAGAGAGGGUUGGACAAGAGAGAGAUGAGUGUACUUUAAACGUCAGCGGGUCUGUAUAACCACGUCCGGGGGUGCAGUGAUGGGGGGGCUGUGCUAGUUAGGUACUUAUGAUGACACACUGGAAAACCACAGCACUGUUUAUCAGACCAACCUUCUCCCAGUCAUUGUCUCUGAGUUGCCUUAAAGCAGAGUGCAUCAGACAGACAUAUCGGAUCCACCAGCCCGUUCUCAGGCUCUGUUCUCAAGAUUGAGAAAAUAGAUGGUGUUGGAUGACUGGCUGAUGCUAGACACAGAGCAGCUGUAUCAUCAUAGUUUUCAGAAGUCUGCUAAGUAGCUAAAUGACUGGGUGGAUCUGACUUGGUCCGUCUCUCCUGUCAGCUGAUUGGCCGAUGUUGGAGCAGACUGCUCAGAAGAUGUUCAAGACACCGCAGGGAGGCCCCUGAACGAGAGAACUUGUCUGACUGUGCAGCCCACACACAGAAGGAGUCUUUACAGCCCUCUUGUCCUGGGAAGUCAGAGACACAUGUUCCCCAAAGCUAGGAAUGAGGAGGAGAUUGUGAGCGUACGGACAGUCUUAACAGCCAGUGGUGUGUGUGUGUGCGUGUCGGUGUGCGUGUCAGUGUGUAUGUGGUAAAUAGUUGAAAGAACGACUGCAGGCUGGUCUGACAAGAUGUCUGAAGAACAUCAAUAUACCAGGAGUUCUGUGGGGCUUCUCUCCUCCCUCCCCCUUCUCCACCACCCCCACUCCAACCAGCCGUCACCCACCUCCCCCCAGCUACCCUCCCCCUAUAAUAACCAACUCCUCUCCCCCCAGCCUCAGGACUCGGACUCAGGGUUCUCUCCUGGAGGAGUCCCCUCUGAUAUGGACCUACAACUGCUCCUGUCCCCCAGGACCUUCUCUCCCCAGCCCCAGCCCCAGCCCCACCUGUUCUCUCCCCAGCCCCAGGGCUCCGAUUCAGGCUUCUCUCCAGGGGGCGGGGGCCCUUCUGAUAUAACCCUGAAUCAACUACUCUCACCCCAGGGCCAGGGCCAUGCCCAGGUCCAGGUGGGUUACCAGCAGAUCCACCAGUAUAAGCAGGACCAGGAGAACCUUUACCAGCAGACAGAGUCUGGAACAGACACACACAGUGAGCAGAACUUCAAUGACUACAACUACCAGCUCCACCACAACCAUCGACUGGACAAUAGUCAUCGACUGGACCAUCAUGCUCAACUGGAUCAUGGUCAGGACCCAUCUCUGGAGUUGCAGCCGAACCAGCAGAGUGGUCCUCAAUGUGAGCAGAUGACCCAGCUAAGAAUGCCCCUCCAAAACCAACUCCAUCCCCAGACAGGAUCAUACCGCACUCUGGAGCUGGAACACACACACCACCAGAACAUACACGCACGUGAACACACAGAGUCAAACACACAAACGCGUGUCCUCGUUCAUACCUCACAGCCCGACCACACACCCAGUCACACCCACUGCUCUCCGCACACGUACCCAGCCCUGAGCACACACACCCCUCACCCUCUCUCCUCACAUCUCUACAGUCAGCGCUACGAGCAGGGCGACGCGCAGCAAGAGUGGCGACAUGCCCACACACACUUUCCAUACGCACACACUCAUGUACAAAGCCCCUACACGCUCGCACAUUCACAUGCAGAGGAGACACAGGGCCCGUAUAUGUACCAGACAGAGUCCCAGGGGCCGAUUGAGCACCUCUCAUCCCAGCAGCGCUUCUCCCCACUGGGCUUAGGCUUCAGGCAAGGGGUCCUGGGCACCCAAACCUCCAUGGAACUCCUCCCAUCACCGUGCAUUAAGGGGAUUUCCAACCUCCACCAUGACCCCAGCUAUACCCCCAACCCCUACAGUAGCCCUGGCACAAGCCCCUACCCUGACCUCAACCCUUGUCCCAGCCCCAAGGAGGAGAGUCCGGGACUGGGGAACUACAACCGGCACCACAGCCUCCCCCUGAGUCCCUACAGUCCUCUACCACACUCAUACCUCCAGCCUGGCCCUCAGUCUAGCCCCACCUCCCAGACAAACCCUUACAGCUACCCCCAGACUUACCACCCUAGCCAGCCAAGCCCUCACUACCAAACCAGCCCAAACCCUCACCUCUUCCUCCCCCAGAGCCCGGUCCCCCUCCCCAGCCCCAUCCCCAGCCCUCUCCCCCAUCCUUCCCUCCUGGUGCAAGGCCAGGGCUGGGGAGCAGAGCCGGGGGCUGGUGCUGUGGCCAAACCUCUGACCAGAGAGAGGACAGGAGCCCGCCAGAACCUCCUCCACUCCUCCACUGCUUCUCAGACACAGAUAAGACUGACACAAUACUCGGAACUCGGACACCUUGGAAACCUGAACAGCAGGAGGCUCAUGUGCUCAGUCUGCCAGCGGGACUUUAAGAGUCUCCCUGCCCUCAACGGGCACAUGAGAUCUCACGGGAGGCAGCAAAGACAGACCGUCAAAACACACCCCAGCCAGAGAGAAAAGGAGGAGGAAGCCCCAGGAUCAGCUGACAGCCUGUGCCCCGUCGCCAUGGUGAUGCCUGUGUCCAUGCCUGUUCACCUGCCUACCUUUCCUAGCCAGCCGGAGCCAAGAGCGCAGACGGGGGCCCCUAAGAAGGGGAACAGGAAGCACCCCCAUCGCCCCUCCCCUCUGCUCCUCCCCACCAUGACCAUCCCCACCCCCUCCCCUCUCUCCAGGGGGAUUUCUCUGUUCCAGAGCCUGUUACACGUUGCCGCCGGUAACGGAGAGGUUUCUGGGGGAGACGGGGCAUUCUACACCCCUCCCCCCAUGCUGUGUCCUGUGAGGGACGGGACAGGGCUGUACUGCUAUCUCUCCACCAGGGGGCAGCAAAAAGCACACAGCGUACUGCUACACAACUCUGACAAGAGUGUGGACAGUAGUGUUGCCAUGGUGAUGCCGUGUCCAAGGGAACAGUCAGUAGAGAGCAAACCGCGGAUCAACGUGGGGUCGUGUUUCCAGGCGGAGAUUCCUCCGCUUUUUGAACGAAGACAAGCAGCGAGAGACCCUCACAAUGCACUGCUACUCUGGACGCCCUGGGACGACUUGGAGACUGUCGCUACACAGCAGAGAGUGAAAGCCUUCCUGAUGAUGGCAUGUUCCUGUGUGGUACCUGGCGGCGGGGUUAACUCAGAGUAUGCCCUGCACGCCCUAUCAGAGAGCAGAGGAGACUUUCUGGUGACCUUAGAGAGGCUCCUGGUGUCAGCCCCAGGGAUGCGACCUCUGACCUCCUACCACUACACAGGCUGUGACAGGUGGACUCCAGCAGAGAGGAGGCUGGUGAACAAGGCCAUAAACCUCUACCAGAAAGACUUCUCCCGCAUACAGAAAAUGGUACAGACCAAAUCUCUGGCUCAGUGUGUCGAGUUCUACUACUUCUGGAAAAAGAGGUUGCGUCUAAAAAUAAGGACCCCAUCAGAGAUGGCUCUCACACUGCCUGAGGGGAAUGACAGGACCCCCAACGGACUGUCUGAAAACUAUGCCACUGUGGACAUGAGGGGCCAUGAGGUUACAGAUCCAUUCUCCGCCAAUCAGGAGCUCCCAAACUUCAGGUCACCUGACCUCCUCCUAGAACCAGCAGCCAGUCAAAGCCUCUCCUGUGUUGGUGGACUGUCCAAAAGGGGAGAGGUAUGCUGCAGCUCCAGCACCCCAGUCCUGGACGGUGUUAAGCCCAGCUGGUCUCACCAUUCUGGGCUAGGAUCUCUGGUGGGCUCCCCCGCUCCAUCCAGUCUUGGCUCCAGGCCCAGCCCACAGACUAAUACCAUCUACCCCUGCAAAGAGUGCUCCAAGGUUUUCACCAAGGUGAAGAGUCGUAACGCCCACAUGAAGACUCAUCGCCAGCAGGAUGAAUCUCCAGUAGUCUACAUGUCUCAGAAGGCCACAUCCUGCCCAAGGCCCAGACCCCAUCUCCCAGCCCCAACCCCCCGUCAUUCAGCCCCAGCCCCUGGCCCAGCCCCAGACCCCAUCUCCCAGCCCAUCAUCUACCAGCCCCAGUCCCCAUCCUGCCCUAGCACCAGACCCAAUCUCCCAGCUCCUGACCCUAUCUCCCAGCUCCAGAUACGGUGUGCCUGUGACUGAGUGAAUACUCGUAAAAUUUAUUUAGCCGGGGAGUUGAUGUUGUCAUUAUAUUAGAGCACCUAUAUGUUUUAAAAGUGUACAUUUUAAAAUAUUUUACAAGUCAUUAUGGUUUCAUCUGUUUGUCCAAAAAUGCUAUUUGCUAUUUUUGCAUCUCUCCAAAACUUUAAAAGUUUUCUAUUAAGUUAAAACCUCGUUAUUACCAAGGCAUUACUGUUUGAUGGGGUUGAAUGGGUCUCUAGCGCCAUCCCCUGGUAAACCAGGAAAAAGGCAUCUCUGGCACACAAUUGUAGUUUACCUUAUGAAAAUAUUGAUUUAAACUUAUAUAAACUUUUCUAUAUUUUGCUAAA